CUUUGGUUGAUCUGAAAAUACUGAGCUUUCACUCCCCCAUAGCAGUUAAGCUGCUUCAAUCCACUCACCUACUUUCUCUCUCUACAAAAUCCUUCUUUCUCACACACUUUCACACUCAAACACGCACUCCCAUACUCUCUCUCAUCGCAUUUAUGGUUGCAGUUAUCGGAAUCUUUACUGCUUAGGUAGAGUCGUGGGAGUUUAAUUUUGGAAAGAGAAAGUAAGUUACAGACACCAGGUAGACGGAAAAGGAGAGAUGCCGUUGGUGAGGGUGGAGGUGAGAAAUGAGUAUGGGUUAGGAAUGCCGGAGUUGUACACGGAAACCAACCGAGAAGAUCCCAAGGCGGUGCUUGAUGGUGUUGCGGUUGCUGGCCUCGUCGGAAUCUUGCGUCAAUUAGGCGAUCUUGCUGAAUUUGCAGCAGAGGUUUUUCAUGGAUUACAAGAACAAGUGCUAAUUACAUCUUCUAGAAGCCAUAAGUUGGUAGAACGAGUACACAACAUUGAAGCUGCACUCCCUCCACUAGAAAAGGCUAUCUUGGCACAACGGAGUCACUUGCAUUUCGCUUACACAGCUGGUUCUCACUGGCAUACUCGACUCAGAACUGAACAAAACCAUUUCAUAUAUAGUGACUUGCCACGAUGCAUUAUGGACUCCUAUGAAGACUGCCGUGAUCCUCCACGUCUGCACAAGCUUGACAAAUUUGACAUCGGGGGCCCAGGAUCUUGCUUCAGAAGAUAUUCUGAUCCAACUUAUUUUAAAAGAACUUCAGCUGGGCCUUAUGAAGCACAUCUUCAAAGCGUACCGAGAGAAAAGAAGGCUCGUAGAAGCAAAAAAAAGAGAUCUUCAUUGAGGUAUAGAGAUGUGACACAUGGUGCUCCCAAAAUCAUGCAUGCUGGCAGAACGGAUUAUGGUUCUUCAAACUUUGAAGGGAAAACUUCCCCUUCUCAAGAUGUCUCCACAUUCCAUGUUCCACAAAAAUCUGGAAUUGGACCUGAAAUUGGAGAUCAUUUAACUGCUUUUGAUUCAAGAAAUGGGUCGGAAUACAUAGAGUGUAUCAUCCGUCCAAGCUACUCCACACAAUCUGAAGAUAACAAUGCUAAAGAACUGUCUUCUGAUUCAAAUCUGCAGCAUAAUUCUUAUCUUGAUUCGGCUUCCCUUGAUGAAAACAGUGGAGUCCCAGAUGAAAAUAUCCACGAUAGUUAUUUAGCAGAGCAUAGUAGGUCAAGAUCAUCUUAUAUUACAUGGGAUGAAAAGUUAGAAAUCCUAGAUUCUACAGGCCAGCCAAAUGAUGUCACGGAGAUAUCUUGUACAACUGAGAAGAUAGAUACUGAAGAGAAGGAAGAUGUUGAUCAGAUUGAUUUCGGCUUUCAGGAUGAACCUCUUCCAACAUCAGUUAUCGUUGGGAGCCAGCCUGAUGAGAUUGAGAGCGAAACAGAUUAUUACAUGGAUGCACUUAACACCAUUGAAUCAGAAUCUGAAGCCGAUAUCGAAUUCCAGACAAAGCGAGAACUGCAGCAAUACUCCAGUUUGAACAACAAAGAUGUGGAAGAGAUGCAUAAAGCAGGUCAUCUAGAUGACAGUUCUACAAAUUUUGAGUUUCAAGUUCCAGAAAAUCAAUCUUGCCUCAGCCCUAAGGCAGUAUCCCCUGAAUAUCAUGUGGACGCUUGCAGUUCCUCUAAGAAUGAGAAUUAUGAAGACUUGACCAAGUCAAGUUCAUCUCCGGUGGAUGCCAUAUCUUCAAUCUGCUUUACUACCCCAGAAAAAGUCGAAUUGGAAGAAGUCAAGAGAAAUGAUGCAAAUUUGGAGACUGUUGCCAGUGACGGAUUAUACUCUAGCUCUAUAGAACCAAACUCACAACAGAUUGUAAGCACUUACGAGUCUCCCAAGCCAUCAUCAUCAACUUCUAAUGCUACACUCGGCAAUCCAGUUAUGUUCUGGACAAAUGGUGGUCUGUUGGGACUCGAGCCUUCCAAACCUCCAGAUUUUGGUCUGCCAACGGCUGUUGGACCAGGCCCCAUGGAAGAAAAUAGAACCGAGAGUCAGAAAAACACCUGCAAUGCUGUUGGGGAUGUUGCCAGAGAAGAUAUGGUGGUCAACGGCCCCAAAUCUGAAUCAUCUGGCAAACUUUCUGGUAGCAAUGGGUUUAAUUUUACUCAAGAGCAUCAUUGUAACGAUGGACCAGUUCCUAAAGACGAUCCUACUAAAGACAGCAAGGAAGACAUCACUAAUUCAUCUCGGAUAUUUGAAUUUAGCAAUAGAUUACUAGUAAAUGGUUUCAGAAGACAGAUAACGCUUGUUGGGAAUGAAAGGCUUGCCAGCUCUGUGAGAAGUGAUGUUCCUGAGAGUAAGAGCAUGCAGAAAGGAUAUCAAACCGUUACUGGGAUACCUUUCAGAGAACAAUUUGGAAGUGGACCUCCGCUCAUCUCACCUUCUUCUCCCCCUCUUGAACAUAUGCGGAUAUCUUUCCAGCCUAUUGAUGGCUUCGAGACUUCUAAACUGAAAUUGAUGGUCCCUGAUGGAAACAAUAACAACGAAACUAGUGGACACAUGUUUCCUUCGUUUCAGUUGGUGCCAGAGCCGGCAAUUUCACUCCAUGAAUCCGCUUCAGACUCCGAUGAUGACACAUUCUGUAGAUCGUCUCCAUAUGCAUCAGAUGACUGCAAUAGUCAUCCUUCUGAAUCAAAUUCUGAGCAGUGGGACUCCACUGACUCUCCCAGAAUCAAGGAUCAUGAGCUAGAUGAUGCUUUCGGCAGGAUCUCUUCUGCAGAAUCUGUUUCAAGCUCUCUUAUGAACGGGAUUAGAUUCCAGCAAGGUUUCCAUGACCAUGGAAACUAUGGACAUCAAAGUUCAUUUAGUGAAGAUGGCAUGCACCCUUCUCAGCAUGGUCUUUUACACGAUUUUCCGAACUUCGAUUCUAUGAACACUUCACAUAACAAGAUAACUGGUGACUUUGAUGGGAAGUCUGUUCUUCAGUCAAGCCUUCCUAAGGAGCCCACAUCACUUCCUCCACCUCUCCCACCUAUGGAAUGGCGGGGAACUAAGCUAAAUCCUGAUGUGACAAUGGAGAAAGAAGAUGAUCUCUCGGAAGCCUUGACUUAUGCAUUGAAUCUGACAACUCCAGAGCCUACAGUAUCGCAGCAGCCAGUGCCAGCUCCAAUAAAACAGGACCAUUUUGUUGAGUCGGUCGAUCUCACGCUUAAGCACGAGCAGCCUGAGUGGCAGAAUCGGCAUGCUCAGAAUGAAUCUAAUCGCACUACCAAUUGGAAAGCUGGUGAUGAAAAAGAAGACUUCCUUCAGCAGAUUAGAACAAAAUCACUCAAUCUAAGACGUACUUCAACAGCUCGGCCAACUACUACACCAGCUGGCCCUACCAGCGUUAAAGUCACUGCAAUUCUCGAGAAGGCAAGCGCAAUCCGCCAGGUUGUUGGAAGUGAUGAUGGAGAUGAUGAUAACUGGAGUGACACUUGAGUUUCAGUCCACAUGAUUGCAUCUGUUCAUAUAUAAACCACCUUGAGGUGAUGUUGCAGUUCUAUAGUGGUAUCUAUAUGUUAAUGCUCCCAUUCCUCUCCUUUCCUUGUAAUUAAUUUGGUAACCCUGUUUUUAUCCUUAAUUUCUUCAUGAAUUCAUCA